CCUCGGGUUGCCAACAUGGCGUGUGUCUGUUGUACACAGACAACUGUAGAAAUUAAUUCAGAUAGAAAACGCUAACUUGUUUUUAUUUUUAUUAAUAAAGUUUAGCUUUGGAUCCUUUUUCCCCCCUGGUGUGUGGCAAUGUUUGCCAAUGUGAUAUUACAUGCGACGAAAUGAACGGGAAAGCAGUGAGUGUUUAACGUUUCGUUGGCUGGGUCACUGCCCGUUUUCUAUCUAGCAUUGCUGUCUGGGUUUAGUUUUGUUUUUGUCCCGGGUCUAAUCCUGAACUGGGUCGAAUGAAGACUGUGGGUGGUAUUGGUAACCCCGUCGAGCCCGUCAGCUGUUUCCUAGAAUGAAAGCUCUGAAGGACAACUUCUUCUACUCCAGGAUAGGAGCUGAUGGGGUGUUUGAAGAUGACCGGCAUGUCCUGGUGGAGGAACAGAAGUCAUGCAGGGCCCGAGCUCGCUGCUUCUCCCUGGAAACCAACCGACGAAGGAAGGUUCUGGAGGAGAGGAGGAAGCUGUGGGACGUCCAGGAACAGAGGCUGAGGAGAGCAUCCUACAGCAACGUAAACAGAGAGUCCAGGAUGCUACCGAACGCUACCAGAGGGCGCAUCUGCCCCCCUCACAGAGACGCAGACAAUCUUUCAGGAAGACCACCCUUAAUAUCGAGGAGGCACUUAAUCACAUACAAGGCACCUUGACCUUGAGUUCCUAUACCAGACAAUCUCCCUCCCCCGACAGGAGCUGCACUUCAUCCCCUAAGCCUCCCCCGACACACAGCCCGUCUCUCCACCAGGGGACCCUGUCUGCCCUGGAGGCCUACAGCAAACUGAUGCAGGACAGAACCUUCAGCAGCUUCAAGAACAGAAUACUGUUCCUCAGCCAGCUCCAGGAGACACAGCUGAGGGACAGGGACGAUCUGCAGGACACACAGCCGAGGGAGAGGGACAAGGAGAGGGACGAGCUGCAGGACACACAGCUGAGGGACAGGGACGAACUGCAGGAGACACAGCCGAGGGACAGGGAUGAACUCCAAGGGACACAGCCGAGGGACAGGGACGAACUGCAGGGGACACAGCUGAGGGACAGGGACGAACUGCAGGGGACACAGCUGAGGGACAGGGACGAACUGCAGGGGACACAGCUGAGGGACAGGGACGAACUGCAGGGGACACAGCUGAGGGACAGGGACGAACUGCAGGAGACACAGCCGAGGGACAGGGACGAACUGCAGGGGACACAGCUGAGGGACAGGGACGAACUGCAGGGGACACAGCUGAGGGACAGGGACGAACUGCAAGGGACACAGCCGAGGGACAGGGACGAACUGCAGGGGACACAGCUGAGGGACAGGGAGCGGGACAUGGUGUUCCUCAAUGAGCUGCAGGACACACAGCUGUGGGACAAGGAGACCUGUAGCAGUCCACAGGUAGGCAUUCAUCAUAAUGUGACUCAGUCAGAGAGCCUGUCCAGUCUGGAUAGCUUGGAAAUGGAGGACGGCUUAAACCACAACAACACAGUAGAGAGAGUCCACAGCUCUUGGUUAGAUCACCAGAGACACCCCAAUGGUCCAUCCUCUGACUUGUCCUUUUGUCCACCAACAAAGAGUUUCCUAAGUGGUAACCUCCUAAUCCAACAGGGCAAAGUUGAUGCUAGCCCUCAGCCACCCAGACCAAGGCAGACAGAGGAGUCUGUCGAAGAUUGUAACAGCAGACUGCACCAGCUCUCUCAGGCCACUGGGUGGCAGAGUUGUACAGACCAAUUAUCAUCACAGAGUAACACUAUAACCCAGCCCCCACUCCUCAGUGUCAGUCACCACAGCCUGCUAACUCUGAGUGGGAUUAUAGAUACAUCCUCAAUACGUUCAGAUAACGGUGACCAACACUCUCAGGAGAGGGAAAGUCAUCUGAGGGGGGACCACAGAGUCUCGGGGGUCGUAGCGUUCUCCAAGGCUUCUACCCCAGACAGAACGCUGCUAGAGUUCACCUCUUGUCUGAUCCCAGAGGGAAAGUUAGAAUUUAGGCAGCAGGUGAGAGACCCGGAGGACAAGUAUUCCAAACAACCGUCGGCGACACAGGUCCUUCUGCCUGGGAAAACUUGCAGCCACAAAGACCUUCUGUGUGAAGCCCCCUCCUCAAACCCUGAUCAUAUCCUCAGUUAUAACACUAAAAGUAGCUCAGGGGUCAGAGAGGACACGGCCAACAUUCAGCCAACAAAAAGCACACAACACCAGUCACACGGGAGCAAACCCAGUGUAGAAAAUGCCAUGAACAACCUCAACAAAGGGACCAACUCUGAGCCCAAAGCAGGGGCCAACUCUGAGCCCAAAGCAAGGACCGACUCUGAGCCCAAAGCAAGGCCCAACUCUGAGCCCAAAGCAAGGCCCAACUCUGAGCCCAAAGCAAGGCCCAACUCUGAGCCCAAAGCAAGGACCAACUCUGAGCCCAAAGCAAGGCCCAACUCUGAGCCCAAAGCAAGGCUCAACUCUGAGCCCAAAGCAAGGCCCAACUCUGAGCCCAAAGCCGAGAGGUCUAAGAACACAGACCCUCUCAGUCAGACAUUGGGUCAUUGUAAUAUCAGGUCUGACUUCCCUAAAGGCCAAAAGAGCCUGCAGGUGGAAAUAACACCAACACACCUCCCAGAUACACCUCCAUCUCCUCCACCUGUAGCUGUUGUCAGCACAGCCACAGAUCAUAAAGGCACUGAAGUCCGAUGCAUAAAGGGAAUUCUUAAAAAACAAUCAAAAUACGGCGUGUCGGGAGGAAACGCUUGUUCUGGUAUGUAUAACGCCAGGCAUUUAAUAUUCACCAAACAAUUCACCAUGUCCAUCAGAGAUAGUGUGGAACUGACCCGAAGGAAAGGCAAGGAUGCAGACAAGAUGAUCAAAAAGAAGAUACGCUGGUUUGACGAGGUAAAUCUGGAGGAAGAGGAGGAGAUGGAACGGAGUCCUAUAACAAACAACAAGUGUGUUUCUGAGUAUCCACUACCUCCACAUAAACACUCAGCAUCAUCAGACCACCAACAGGGUCAGGGCCAGACGGUGGCCACCAACACCCCUCUGGCCUCCACCGGCUAUCACUUUACCAAGCAGGCCUGGGCAGAUGUCAGGGUCCAGGAGAACAGGCUGCAGGGGCACCAGGGGAUCCAGGAGAGAGGCCAGGAGGCCAGGGAGACAAGAGUAGAAGCCAGGGAGGUCAAGGUCCAGCGGGGGAGCUGGGGGAGAACCGUGUGCCCCAGAGUCCCCAGGAGAGUGAGAUCUGCCAGGGCAGGGAUGGAUCCUGUUUCGUCCCGCUCCAGAAAAGGCACGGUCAUCAGACCCCAAUCUGCUACGGAGGCCAGCAGCCACGUGGCCUGGGUGACCCACGGCAAGGUCAUGGUGCCUCGUCCCCCGCCCCGCACUGAAACCAUGGAACCAAAAACACACACAAGAGAGACGGAUGCUGUAGUAUCCUACACCAGCAAGACUCCUUACAACAUGGAUCACUCUAAUGACACCACCAAGACUCCUUACAACAUGGAUCAGUCUAACUCUGCUGCUACUAAAGCAGGGAUUCCUGUAGAUGAGGCUUUGUGUAAUAAUAACACCCUGGACAGCCUCGCCCCGUCCCAGACCCGUACACAUGUCAUUAGGGCAGAUAGCAGCGUUAUUUCCAACCCAUCCAAGGCCACCCCCAUGUCAGGCCAGCAGGACGCCCAGGGAGAGGCUGCCAGAUGGGGGCUUCUGUACCAUGAGAAUGGCCUCUGUCUGGACCGUACUCCCACAGACGAGGAGAUCUCCCAGCUCUGGCAUGGAGUCCGUAGUGCCUUAGCCACCAAGGAGGGUGACCCUAUAACUGUCCUGCCUCAAGCACGUGCCAACCUGUCUCGCGUUACUAUCAACGGGGACAGCCUGAUCAACGGAGUUAAAGCCAUCACCACGAUGGGAGACUUCUUCCUCUCCCCAACCAAUGUCAGGAGCGUGGUGAGGAGACAACCCCAGGAGAGUCGUGGUAGUGGGGCCAGGAGGAGAGGAACAACUGGCUCAGGGAACAGAAGGCUUCCUCUACCCUCCCAGUCUCAGGCCAUGGUGCUGAUAACACCAUUACACAGCAAACAUGACCUGACACAUCAACAUGAAGAGUAUGCAGAAGUGGAGGCCCACAGUGAAGGCCUGCUGGCAGACAGUGAUAUAGUGUUUGCCAAGGAAACGAUGCCAUCCCAGAGGCUAGAGCCAGGUGGAGGUCACAGCCAGCACCAGGGCCAAUCGAUCACUCCCAGCCACAGCCAGGGGCACCAGGCCCGGGGGCACCAGGGGCACCAAGCCCGGGGGCACCAGGGGCACCAAGCCCAAGAGCAGGGCCAGGUCUCCAUCAUCACCAACAUCUCCCUGGAGGAGCAGAAAGUGCUGCUGUCCCUGAAUCGACUCAAUCGUCGGCUGCAGUAUGUGCAGGCCUCAGCUGGAGGCAGCCCUGCAGACAAAGCUUUCCCGCGUGGCGAAGCGCCCUUUACAGAGGAAGGGACGGGUGCUGCCCACCGUAAACACCGCACGGUCUCCACCGACAACCGCCCGAGAACCCAGAGGAGAUUCUGACACAACGGUCCAAUAUGGCCGCCUGAAUGUCACUCUGUCAGCUUGUGCUUCACUCCAACCUUAUACACUGCUGUUUGACAAAAAAUAUCUUUAUAAUAACCCUCCCCGAGUUUCAUCACCACCACUAACUCUCUCUGCUGGGAUGAAGACUUCACAACCCAGGACUGUGAAUAAGUCCAUUAUCAAAUUACAGUACUUAUAUUGACUUAUUUACACAUUAUAGUUUCAGUCUUAUAUACAGUCAGGCUUUGCUAUUUGGUUUUGACCUUUAAUUGAUAGAGAUUAUUUUUGUAUUAAAUACAUAUAUUUAUUUUCCCGAAGAAUUGUGGGGUGUGUGUGUAUAUAUUUGUACACAAUGAUUGUACACAAUUUAUUGUGUAUCGUAUUGGUAUCAUUGUAUUGUACACAAUGAUACCAAUAGGAUUGUAUACGAAUGUGUGUCAGUGUGUAAACUAAUCUUGAUAAUGAUAAAGCAAAAUAAAGUCAUUCUGUCCUCACGUUUAGUUUUGUUCCGUUUCUGAAAGGUGACGAAGGCGCCGUUUGUUGAGGAUCGUCCUCUAGGGGGGGGUCACAAGUUACCUCUUGUCUAAAGGAUGUUCAUAAGAUGUGAAACCCGUUUGUGUGAUGCAACGUCGACAGUCUUUUCAAUUCCAUUCAACUUGAUCACAGGUGUGUGUGUUGAUUGUUGUUGGGGGCCAGUUGAUCACAGGUGUGUGUGUUGAUUGUUGUUGGGGGCCAGUUGAUCACAGGUGUGUGUGUUGAUUGU